AACCCGUAGGACAUGUUAUGGGAAGGUUGUAUGCAAGAUAACCAUAGGACAACCACGCCUCACCAAGCUCUAAGAAUUAUAUGGUUCUCAUAAUGUUUUAGGCUAGCUGGGUAAUUUGUCUACGGUUUGUAGGUACACAAUACUGAUUAACCCUAUUGCUUUAUUUCAUUUGUUAAGGCGGAUACAAUGUUGCACCUCUGUCAUGUUUCGUAUUGCCGACUGGGGCUGGCUGCAUACAUACAGUUACAGUAACUGCGCGAGACCAUUUGUAACCAAUCAUCAGAUGACGCGAGACAUUCACCUGUGUUAUAAUCAGCUGGUCACUAGAGCCAGCCCAGCAGCACGCAGCUACUUCCUGCCAAUACUGUACAUCAGGGUGAAGGAAUUGCGGUACAAUUCUAUUUUAUCAUAGCCAACAGCAAACAAAUAAUUUUGCCGCUGCCGCAGGGAAAGUCAUGAUCAUCCACCCUCGGACACUGAGAAUUGAGUAUGGAAAAACGACCAAAGUCAUGUGCGUGGUUGGCACGGAACUUACUGUAAACAUGGACAGGAGUGCCCCUCCUAGCUCCAAGUACUUCUCUGUGCAAUGCAGUCCCAGAGUGCAGUACAGGAUCACCCCACCCCCACCAGAGAGUGGGACCCUCCCCUCCACUCUCAAUGGUAAUACAAUGCUUCUUAUCACCAUGGACACUGCCAGCGAAGUGGGAAAUGAUAGCAAGCUAUCGGUCAUGUAUUAUGGAGAGAAGACGGAGGUGUUAGGGAAGGCUGUCGUUCACCUCACCGCUGUUGAGAUUUCUCUGGACGUAGAUGCUGAUCGAGAUGGCCAGGUGGAGAGGAACAACCCCAACAAGGGAUCCUGGAUGUGGGGGUCUAAUGGCCACGGUGCCAUCCUACUGGUCAACUGUGACUCAGAACGCACCUAUGGGAAGAGACGGGACAGUGAGCGUGCUGAGGUCAGCAGGGUCUCAGAUCUGAAAGACAUGUCCCCAAUGGUGCUGCGGACCAGUGGCCCUGCCAAGCUCCCAGAGGGCUACAAGCUGACCAUGCACAUCUCCCAGGGGGAUGCAGAGAGUGUCAGGGUCUUCAGUACCAGGUCCACAGCAGGCAUGCACCAAACACUGAAAAACCUGUUCUACAAGAGCUUUGUGAAGGACUACCCACUGGUGCUGGGCAGUGAGAAUUUGUCCAAGGAGGUCCCGUACCUCGGGGGAAACGCUGAGAUGAAUUUCUACGUUGAGGGCCUGAGAUUCCCUGACAAAGACUUUGAGGGCCUCAUCAGCAUCAGCCUCAGCCUGCUGGAGCCCAGCUCUCAGGGCUUCCCUGAGACGCCCAUCUUUACAGACAGGGUGGUGUUCCGUGUGGCUCCCUGGAUCAUGACACCCAACACACUCAACCCUGUUGAGGUCUUCGUCUGCAGCACAUCUGAUAACUACCAGUUCCUAAAGGGAAUGAGGAGGCUGGUGGAGAACAGUGGGUACAAGCUGAAGGUUUGCCAUGAGUACAUGAACAGAGGAGACCGCUGGAUGCAGGAUGAGAUAGAGUUUGGCUACAUUGACUCUCCUCACCAACGUUUCCCUGUUGUGCUGGACUCCCCCCGAGACGGAGAACUACAGGAUUUCCCUUAUGAUGUGCUACUGGGCCCAGACUUUGGCUAUGUGACGAGGACAGCAUAUGAUGAAGAAGUGAGCAGCCUGGACUCGUUUGGUAACCUGGAAGUUAGCCCUCCAGUCACUAUAAAUGGAAAAAACUACCCUCUGGGCAGGAUCAUAAUUGGAGUGGCUUUCCCCACGGCAACCAAGGGCCGCAACAUGACCAAAGUAGUGCAAGACUUCCUUUGGGCACAGAAAGUCCAGGAGCCCAUUGCACUGUUCUCUGAUUGGCUUCUGGUUGGGCAUGUGGAUGAAUUCAUGACUUUUGUCCCAGCUCCUGACAAAAAGGGAUUCCGGCUGCUGCUCGCCAGCCCCGACGCAGGCUACAAACUAUUCAGGGGCUUACAGAAUGACGGGCAUGGACAAGCCAAAAUGUUUGACGGCCUUGGAGCAGAAGAAGAGAUUACGGUAGAUGAGAUUUUGAGUGAUGACAAACUCAGAGCAGAAAACAACUAUGUCCAGAGCUGUAUAGACUGGAACAGGGAUGUCCUUAAGAGGGAGCUGGGUUUAGAUGACGAUGAUAUCAUUGAUCUGCCCAUCCUUUUCCAUGUGACGGAGGAGAACAGGGCAGUGGCCUAUUACCCAGACAUGGUGAACAUGAUUGUGUUGGGGAAGAACCUGGGCAUCCCUAAACCGUUUGGGCCCAAGGUGGACGGCCGCUGUGCCCUGGAGGCAGAGAUGACCUCCCUCAUGGAGGGCCUGGGACUCAGCUGCACAUACAUUGAUGACUUUGCCUCCUACCACAAACUGCUGGGAGAGGUUCACUGUGGCUCCAACGUCCGCAGGGAACCCUUCUCCUUCAAGUGGUGGAACCUGGAGAUGUGAGGAAUUUGGGGCAAGGAAUGGUUGUAGUUAGAAAGAGGGAAUAAGGCUUGACGUAAACAGCAGCAACAAUCGCCAGCAGCAGUCAUCUUCAAACAACAACAGUAGUCCUUGUACUGUACUACCCCCUUUGUCUUUAUUAAACAUGUAUUUGCCUUUUUUUUACAAAAGGAUGAAAAACUAUAUUUCUAAACAAGACUUUCGGACUUUAACAAGGGCUUAAGCAGAUUAUCAACGAGAACACAAAUACAAUCAUCUGAAUUAAGCACAUUGCAGGCUGAAUCUGUUGUUUGGAUUGGCGGCGUGCUCAAUCCAAGUGUUGUAUUUACAUGUACAGAUGAACAGGACCACAGAGAAAUGUGCAAGUAUAAUCUGGAGCCACCAGAGGGUGUGAUCCAACUAUUCAAGCAUUUCUGAAGACUUGUGAGAGAGUUUUAAUACAUUUAUUUUAAGCUUUGAGAUGAAUGCACACUAUGACUCCAAAGGCUCUCAACCUGAUGUAACUUCCAAUCACAUUUCAAUUAAUAGUAUUUUGUUGAAUCAUAAUCUUUAGAACGGUGUUUGAUGAUAAUACAUGAUUAAAUAAAUGUCAGACUAACUGUAUUUUGAUGCAGUGUUCCUUACUUAUGCAGAGAUCCUUCAGAUUCAACAAAGAUUUCAAAAUAAUUGUAAAAGAAGGCUUUAUGCACUAAUGCACAACUGACAAUAAAGUGCAACUAAAUUCAA